GUCAGCAAGCCCGAGAGGCAGGUGGAGCCCCCUGCGGCGGAGGCGGAGAUGCGCCUGAGCCUCGAGAACCAGAGCCGGGUGGCCCGGGCGCUUCACGAGUACGCGGAUGCCAUGGUGGUCGCGUUCGGGAAGUUGUCCGAGUUGCAACAGGCGCUGCAGGUGGGGGGCCUCGAGUGGGUCGACGACGCGCUGCCGCUGUCAAGGGCCUGCUCGCUGGCUUCGGCGAGGCCGCACAAGAUCGUGAAGGGCGUCGCCGACGACAAGCGCGUGUCGCUGGAGACCCACCGCAGGACCCUGGCGGCGUGCGAGACGGACCUGGCUGCCUCGGACGCUGCUGCAGAGGAACUCCAGCGCUACAGCAACAAGAUGGACCAGCUGUCCACCGAUGAGGUCAGGAAGGGCAACAACCAGAGGGCCGUGGUCAAGUUAACCCGCAACCGCGAGAAGAUGAGGGACGCGGCCAACGUCGCCAGCGUCAAGCACACGCGCGCUUUCGACUCGCUUCAGGCGUGCGCGUCGCGGGCCGACGACCUCUGCCUGUUGGCCUGCGACGUCCUCGCGGGCACUGCGACGGCUUUGCGCAGCGCCGCAGCGCACGUCGGUGGCCAGGCCUCGUCGCCCAGCAAGGCGGCGGCACAGCUCAACGAGGCCCCGCGCGGCACCUCCGCGAGCGUAGCCGGCCCCACGACGUCCGCCAGCAAGGUUGCGCAGCAGUACGGCGAG